AACCGGAAAUUCGAUGGAGUUGUAGGAAUAGUUACUUCCGUUAAUAUUUACUCGUCUUUUGAGGUCAAUGAGAGUGACGUUGGAAUGUGCUGUUUUGUCAAUUCUCCUAAUGAAAAUUUGAAAAGCAUUCCGUAUUCACGGUGCUCAAGACUAAGCUAAUAUUUAGUGAACCAUUUAGUUUAGAUUUAUUUUAUUUAGUGUCUUUACAAAUUCCGUGCAAACAUCCGACCAACGCCUUGAAAUUACCGGUUUUGAAAUUAAACUCAUUAGUACAACUACACUUGUGUGAUCCAGCCUAAAUGAAAUGGGGAAGCUUUUAUCCAAAAUCUUUGGCAACAAGGAGAUGAGAAUACUGAUGUUAGGUCUAGAUGCAGCUGGAAAAACAACUAUACUUUAUAAAUUAAAAUUAGGACAAUCAGUAACAACUAUACCUACUGUUGGUUUUAAUGUAGAAACUGUUACUUACAAAAAUGUCAAGUUUAAUGUUUGGGAUGUUGGGGGACAAGACAAAAUCCGACCACUAUGGAGGCAUUAUUACACAGGCACUCAAGGGUUAAUCUUUGUAGUAGACUGUGCAGACAGAGAUAGAAUUGACGAAGCCAGACAAGAACUACAUAGGAUAAUCAAUGACAGAGAAAUGAGAGAUGCCAUCAUCUUAGUGUUUGCCAACAAACAGGACUUGAAUGAGGCAAUGAAGCCACAUGAAAUCCAAGAGAAACUUGGACUGACACGUAUCCGAGACCGCAACUGGUACGUUCAACCAUCUUGUGCCACAACAGGUGAUGGACUUUAUGAAGGACUCACAUGGCUAACUUCCAAUCAUAAAUCUUGAGAAUGCAGUCAACUUAUGACCUUUAAGGACCCUUAUUCACCAUGUGAAUCUGUUCUUUUAAUUGGUACCAGUUCUAUAACUCCUUUAACAGCUUCGGAAACUUCUGUUUCAAUGAUAGAUACGGAUAAUGGAACUCUUGUUUACCUGGUUUUGUGUGCUGUUGAUUUGACCAGCCUUUGUUUCAACAAACCUGCAGUGACAGGCUGUUUUGCUGCGGGCUUUUUACCGACCUUUUGUGUAUAUAUUGAACUGUAACAUUAAAUAUUGUGAUAAGUUGUA